CAUUCCCGGUUUCAGUGGUGGUUCACGCUAAGUCUUGCCUGGGAAUUUGGGCAUUUCGUCCCAACGCACGCCGAAACGGUUCUCCCCAAAGACUGAUGUCGCCCCCAACCACAGCUUGAGGAUCCGGCGUGUCCCGUUCCUACCCGGUCCCCGGGGACCUCAAUUGUCCCUCGGGAUGCCGACGUCACUGCAAGACAAAGCCGCUCAUAUACGGAGCACAUCGCCGGUUCACCGACAUGAUUGCUAAUGAACAUUAUGAGUCUGAACCCAUGACUGAACCAGGCCGCGGCAAUUUGUAACAUUGUCGCCUCCCUGAGUAUCUAUGACUCUUAUCCGUAUUCUACACUUCUAUUACCGCUGGGCGCACAAUAAUCUGCGCCUUCUCGCAAACGCCCUCAAGCUUUUUCAACUCCUUUGCGCUGACCAAUUUGGUCUUCCGGACCUUUUUCCGUAGCAUCCAAUGUAUACCGGCAGCCAAGCCUGGCAAGUCUCGGGCAGCAGCAAAGAUCCUCUCUAGCUUCGUAUCUUCCUCGAAGCCCUUCUUCUUGCUCCGGCAUUCCUUUAGAAGAGCAAGUAUGAAUAGUUGGACAAACAUCGAUGUCCAGUGAUUUGCCUCGGGAAGUUCCAGAGGCUUCAAGAUGGCAAUAUUCAGUGUUCCAUCCGCAACAAGUGCCGCAUAGAACUUGGCCACGUUGGUGAUGCGUCUCUCAUCUUUCAUACGCUCAGCAUCAGCCGACUCAUCCUCCUCAGGAGCUUCGCCGAACAUGGAUUCUCCGAGACUCCUAAAGAUCUUCCAUAAUCGAUCUUGGAUUGCAAACCUGAUUCGGCUGUUGCUCAGACAGGCCUUUCCUCCUACGAGAGCGUAGUAGGGGUUGUAUUGCAUUUCGCUGCCUACACAUUGCACUAAGACAGUGGCGAGGGCCAAUUGGUCAUCCUUCUUGAGCCGCAGGUUGACAAAUUGUCUGUAGGCGUGCUCAAAAUUGGAUGCCGUCAUCAAUGCUGUGAAGAUUGCAAUCUGGGCCGUUCCACUCAAACCUUGGGCGCGAGCCUUCUUUGGGUAAUCAGGCAAAACAAUGUCCAUGUCCUCAUGAUCGCUCAUUUCUGCAUUAGUUACAUGCCCCUUUUUGCUUUUAUCUAGGAGAGUUGUUGGUACACUGGCACCAACCAACCACCAUUUACCUCGCGUCUCAGCUCCCUCAAUGUCGACCAAGCCCACGCCCAUGGGAGCAAGGCCAUCGAGCCGUCGCGACUGAGACUUGAGCUCACCGAGACGCUUUUUCAUGCGUUGUACAUGUUCUGAGACGACAGUAAAGUCCAAGCCUCGGGCCUUCUUUUUGCCCUUGGUAAGGUCGGUGAUGGUUUCAACCAUGAACUUUGUGCGAGCUGAGAUGUUGGUGUAGCCGACUUUUGAGACGGACUGGUUAAGGACCCCAGAGACGUGCUUCAGCGAUUGCUGAUCAUCCUGCUUCAACAUUCGGCCAGCCAUGCGGCAUAUUCGCAGAAGAAGUUCCACGUUGAUCUCAUUGAGGUCGCUGAGAAGUCUCUCCAUGUAAUCAAAGAUGAUCUUGCAAGUGAUGACCUCAAACACGUAAAAUUGCGAAAGCAGUGUCAAGAUGUUCGAAGCUUCCUUUUGAAUAGCGGAUUCGGCGUUUUGUUCCUUGCUCGCUUGCUCAUAGUGACCGCCAAAAUCUUCGACAAUACGGCGGAUUAAAACCGAACCAAAACUCGACCCAAUAAGGCGGUAAAUAGCAGCGACAAAUCCACCGGUGAGGACAAAGAAUUGAUCGGGGAGGCUCUCCGGCUUGCAAAUUUGAGCCAUGAUUGCAUCCGUGAUAACAUCUGUCACAUCACCACGUGCGUUGUUUUGGUAAAGCUCCUCCACAGACUUGACAAUGGACAAGAUGUUGGCAUCUGUAAGACGAUUGAUCAAGCCUUGAACUUGUUUCCUAAGUCGGCUUUUACGCUCCUCUUCUGAAUUUGCGGCUCUGCGUAAUGAAGGAGGGACGUAUUUCGCAACGGUAACUCCAGUAGUGGGCGCGACAUAGGGGUUUUCUCUCUGUCGCGGUUGAGCUGAUGUGGUGCCUGCAACAUCACCCUCGUCGUCAUCGUCGUCGAAACCGCCGAAUGACUCGUUAUCGAAGUCUCCUCCGUCUUCACCGUCUUCAUCCAAGAGGUCCAUGUCUUCGUCGUCAUCUCCAGAUUCGUCGUCCAAACCCAUAUCAUCAUCUUCUUCCUCAUCUUCAGGCAUGUCGCGGACCUUUUGUCGACCUGCAGGUUCCACUGUCUUUCUUCGUUUUGAUGCCAGCCAAUCAUCAUAUUCAUUUUUCCUCUUUUUAUUGUCAUUGUCGUUGUCGCUGACGUCUUCUUCGCCGCUAACAUCUCCUAGAAGAUCACCAAGGCCAUCCUCUUUGAAGGACUGAGGCAGUGAUUUUCGUCCCUUUUUGAUACCUAGUUUUCGCUCAAAGGCCUCAAUCUCGGCGUCGUCCUGGGCGAGUCUCUCCUGCACGGCCUUCGAAACACCCUUCUUCCCACUGUUUGCUUUUGUGUUUUCUUUCUCUUUCUCUUCCUCUUCCUCGUCCUCUUCCUCAUCCUCAGCUUCGUCGUUGUCGUCUUCUUCAUCGUCCAUCAGGUCGUCCAUAUCAUCGUCUUCGUCCAACGAAAUGUCUCCAGCGCCGUCCUCAUCCUCGUCUUUGAGAUCAUUUUCGUCAUCGCUAAUCUGCUUUGGGCGGCGGGACUGAGGCUUGUUCGCCUGUUGCAUCCUCUGCGUUGUGUUCGGUCUUCUCUGAGCAUGAUUUGUAUGUUGUGGCCGCUGUGGAGUUGCUCUUGCGUAGACAUGGGUUCGCUUCUGUACCCGUUGCGCUUUGCGUUGCUCUUUUCUUGACAACUGCUGUCCCGAUCUCCUAGGUCCAUUGCGCUGUGAUUUGGGUUCUGGAACAUCCAAGCCCAUACGCUUGAAGAGUUUCUGUUGAAGCUCCGGCGCGGACGUCAUCUUGCCGGAAGUAUAGCGGAAGAGAAACACCGGGUUGCUGAAGGGUUACAAUUCUGAGGUGACUGAAUUUUAAGCAACAAUGCUGGACCUUUUGAUGGUGGUUGUGCCUAAUCUGGCAGGCGGUCAAUGAUGAGUAUUGCGACUCGGACAAUAUCUUCUCGAAAUCUUGUCGCGAUACUGCUGAGAAUUAUAGAUGAAUCAGAUCAUUUAAGCGAGUUCUACUUUAGGGUUGGAUUAAUGCACUCUGAAUCUUGCGAAUCUGUUUUCUUAGAUCGAAAUUGAUAUAGAAAAGAAAAGAUAUUCUGCCGGCAGAAAAUACCUUGAAAAUUUCAAGAGACGAAGAGGUACCUGAGUGGUAGUGAGUGCCCCACUAAGUCACAGGUAGCGAUUUCACCGCCCGCGGCAAGCCACGAUCCAUGCUGGCACAAUCUGGUACGCCACACUUGAAUCCCCGACAUGAUGGCGGGGCACAAUGUCAACCUCAAUACUGGUAGGCUAACACUCAUUCAUCUCUCAAUAUACAUCGACUUUUGACAUUCUCAUAACCCAUCACUAUGGCUGACUCUCAUAUGAGCCAUGACGAGUUCUUCGCCAAGUUGGGUGAGCUCUUCAAUCAUCGCAAGGGCAGCGACCAUGGCGCCGUCUACUUGAGCCAGAAGCGACUCACCUACGGUCAAGACAUCCCUAGUCCCUCAGAAGAGGAACCCUCUCCAGAUAUUCACCCUGGCAAGCCUCUGCCCCUCAUCAUCAGGGCAACUAAUGGCAAGGGCAAGAAGGAUCGCUCCAACAAAGCUAAGCUUUCAACCGUCGUCAAUCCCGAAGAUCUGGAGGCUUUCUACGUGCGGUAUGCCGAUGUGUGCAAGGCUGGCAUGACAGCCUUGAAGCCCAGAGACAGGAGCAAGAAGAAGGCCAAGGCAAAGAAGAAGAAGGCUGCGGUAUAAACGAUUUUCUUUUCACGGUCCAAGUUUUGUGGUGUCAUGCAUCAAGGUUAAGGUUAUAUCAUGGAUUAAUGAAUUAUCAUGUUAUGCGAUACCCAAACACGUCUCCAAGCCACCAUGACUUUGAAUUAUUUCUACAAAACGAAGAGUAAAUAUUACACGGAGCUGCGUUGCUAUCCAAUUCCGUCAGAAGCGUAUGCGCAUUAGGCAAAUCAAGCAGAGUUGGG